CGUGAUCAACUCAUUAACUAUUACACUUACACGAAUAACAAAUCAUAAACUUGACUUCUAACGGUCGUAAGACGCGCCAAGGCAAUGCCUUUGAAGCUUCUAUUGAACGCUAAGCAUAUUUCUAAAAUCUCUAUCAUUAGACUCUGCGCAACACUACCCACCAAGCAGAUCAAGACUUUCUCUGACAUUUUCCAAGAAUGUUCCUAUCGGCAAGCUCUAAAUCCUGGAAAACAAGCCCAUUCUCGCAUGAUUGUUUCUGGGUUCACUCCAACAAUCUUUGUCACCAAUUGUUUGAUUCAGUUGUACAUAAGAUGUUCUUCUCUGGACUAUGCGCACAAGGUGUUCGAUGAGAGGCCUCAACGGGAUGUUGUUUCGUGGAAUGCCAUGAUUUCUGGGUACGCAGGUUGUGGGGAAAUGGGGAUUGCUCGAGAGUUUUUCGAGCAAAUGCCUGAAAGAGAUAUUGUGUCGUGGAAUUCGAUGAUUUCGGGGUACUUACAGAACUGUGACAAUGGGAAAGCAGUUGAUGUUUUUGUGGAGAUGGGGAAAGCAGGCGGUGCUUUUGAUAGGGCAACUUUGGCAGUGGUUUUGAAACUGUGCGCUGUUUUUGAAGACUGUGAUUUGGGGAUUCAAGUUCAUUGCCUUGCAGUUAAAAUGGGUUUUGAUAGUGAUGUAGUGACUGCGAGUGCCUUACUAGGUAUGUAUGCCAAAUGUAAGAAUUUGGAUGAUUCCCUCUGUACUUUUAAAGAAAUGCCUGAAAAGAAUUCAGUUUCUUGGAGUGCUAUUAUUGCAGGUUGUGUUCAAAACAAUCAGUUUAUUAAGGGCUUCGAACUGUUUAAAGAGAUGCAAGGGGCAGGAAUUGGGGUUAGUCAAUCUAUUUAUGCCAGUGUUCUUAGGUCCUGUGCAGGGUUAUAUGCGUUGAGGUUGGGCACUCAGUUGCAUUGCCAUGCAGUAAAGAACGGCUAUAGACCAGAUGUCAUUGUAUCAACUUCGGCUUUAGAUAUGUACGCAAAAUGUGGCAGUAUUCUGGAUGCUCAAAAGCUAUUUAACUGGAUGCCGAAACAUAAUUUGCAAUCUUAUAAUGCCCUCAUUACUGGGUUAGUCAGAAAUAACCUAGGAAUUGAAGCUAUAGAGUUCUUUAAGCUUCUUCUUAAAUCUGGUAUUGGGUUUGAUCAAAUAAGUUUAUCUGGAGCAUUUAGUGCAUGUGCGGCAAUCAAACGGGGUGUAGAGGGACUUCAAGUACACGGACUGGCGGUUAAGAGUACUUUGAAGUCAAAUGUAUGCGUGGCAAAUGCCAUUUUGGACAUGUAUGGCAAAUGUGGAGGUAUGGUUGAAGCUUUUUGGGUAUUUGAUGAAAUGGAGCAAAGAGAUGCUGUUUCUUGGAAUGCCAUUAUUGCGGCUCAUGAGCAGAAUGGAUAUGAGGGGGAAACACUGUACCUUUUUGCUGCAAUGCUGCUUUCAAGGAUGGAACCUGAUGAGUUCACUUAUGGCAGUGUCUUGAAAGCUUGUGCAAGUCGGGAAGCUUUGAACUCUGGCAUGGAGAUACAUGGUAGAAUAAUAAAAUCUGGAAUGGGGUUGCAUGCAUUUGUCGGAGGUGCACUCGUCGAUAUGUACUGCAAGUGUGGAAUGAUGGAAGAGGCAGAGAAGGUCCAUUGCAGAACAGAACAACAAACUACGGUCUCUUGGAAUGCCAUUGUUUCUGGAUUCUCGCUGCAAAAUCAAAGUGAGAACGGUCUAACAUUUUUUUCUCAGAUGUUGGAAGAGGGUGUAAAGCCAGAUCGCUUCACUUAUGCAGCAGUUCUUGAUUCAUGCGCCAAUUUGGCUACCGCGGAACUUGGGAGGCAAAUCCAUGCUCAUAUUAUCAAGCUAGAAUUACAAUCAGAUGUAUAUAUAUGCAGCACUCUUGUUGAUAUGUACUCGAAGUGUGGAAACAUGCAAGAUUCUCAACUAAUGUUUGAGAAAGCACCUAAGCGGGAUUUCGUGACAUGGAAUGCCCUUAUAUGUGGCUAUGCUCAACAUGGUCUUGGAGAAGAGGCCCUUAAAAUUUUUGAAGCUAUGAAACUUAACAACUUGAAGCCAAACCAUGCAACCUUUGUUUCAGUCCUUCGAGCUUGUGCACAUAUGGGGCUUGUCAAGGAAGGGUUGCAUUAUUUUGAUACAAUGCAAACCGAUUAUGGUUUAGAUCCUCAGCUAGAGCAUUAUUCCUGUCUGGUGGAUAUAAUAGGAAGGUCGGGCCAGAUUGCAAAGGCUUUAAAACUUAUAGAAGAGAUGCCUUUUGAAGCUGAUGCUGUUACAUGGAGAACCCUGCUUAAUAUUUGCAAGCUCCAUGGAAAUGUAGAGGUGGGAGAGAAAGCAGCAAGUUGUAUUUUGCAGUUGGAGCCACAAGACUCUUCUGCUUAUAUUCUUCUGUCAAAUAUUUAUGCUGAUUCAGGCAUGUGGGGGGGAGUUUCAAAAAUGAGGAAGCUAAUGCGGCAUAAUGAGCUCAAAAAGGAGCCAGGUUGCAGCUGGAUUGAGGUAAAAGAUCAGGUACAUGCAUUUCUUGUUGGGGACAAGGCUCAUCCAAGACGCAAAGAGAUUUAUGAGAAGCUUGGUUUGCUCAUUGGUGAGAUGAAGUGGGUGGGAUAUGUACCUAGUGUUGACUUUUUGCUAGAUGAGGAAGCAGAUGAAGAAGAGCAACAAGGAGAUCUCCAAACCUGCAUGCACAAUCUAUAGUUUCGCUUCUAUGAUUGCAAACUUGGGGUUUAGGAUUUCUGGCCUACAUCUUCAUCAUUGCUUUUGUCCCAAACAGAAAGGUUUCACUUCCCUCUGCAAUCAUCUUUGCUUAACUUCCUUAUGUCCUUAGCAAGUGACCUUCCUGCUGUUCGUUUCUUGGUGGGGUUCUAGAGGAGUUUCGGGUUACCUAUAUGAAUUCGUAAAGAAAUACUUUGGAAAUCCACUACAUGGGGUCUUGGCCAACAUAAGAAUUCAUUCUUUGCCGUCCUAACAAAUUGUCUGCAACAAUAAGAGAAUGAGAGUCAGUAUUCUGCAAAGGAUAUUGAGCGAUCUAUGUUGCUUGAGGAUUAGUUGCAUGUUAUCACUGACAUGCUUUCCUUUUCAGGAACAGCUGCAUAAGGAUUUCAUACGGUUUAAAAGUUUGGACGAGAGUAUGUCUCAUGAAAAGGUUGGGCAUGAGGAAUGGCACAAUAUGAGAUUUCAGCCUAACUACAUCGAAGAGUAUACAAGCCCAAAGAAGAAACUGGCUCCAUAAUGACAGCAUUCUGAGCCAAACCAGCUUCGAAUAUCAGCUUCGAAAAUGCACUCCUAGUGCUUGAAUGAGAAACAAAGAAAAGCUUUCCAUCUGGUUGUGCACCCAAAGGACAAAGCGCCUAACAGCCUUACCCCUGUAUGGAGCAAUCAUCACAGUACAAGUCAAGCUAUGCUCUGAGACUGUUCUCACUAUAUUGUGCUCUGAGAAUGUUCUUAGGGGUACACCACUAACUACCCUGGCGGAUUCAGUUUGGGACUUGCACACUUCUUCAUAUCAUGACGUGAAAAGUUGUAACCUAACAUAUUUAUGCGGCUUGUGAGUUGUAUACUUGGUUCUGAAAACAAACAGAUGUGAAGGAAGCUGAAGCUAUAUUGUGCUGCGUAAUGCUCCUUCCAGUGAGGAACCAUGAAUUGCCUGUGCACCCCAUAUUUAUUUUCUCCAGAUGGAAAUUGGGCGAA